AUGUUGAAUAGUGGAACUAAGGACUUAGACAAAAUUCUUUCAUGGGCAGAGUUGGGAAGAGUAACUUUGGUUUGGGUUAUCGUGGAGGAGAAGCCAGUGGAAGACAAAGUUUGUGAAGAAGCUCUUCUAUCACUCAAUCUGAGAAACCAUGGUGUCCUGGUCAUAGUCGUCACAACCAGAGUUAAGGAAAGCAAUGUGAUUUUGGUGGUGGAACUCUGGGAAGAAUCAAAGGGAAAGGAACUCUUCUUGACAACGAGCUUGCCAAACUUAAAAUGUCUACUUGUUAAAGGUUUAACUGCUAAUCUUGAUAAGCGAAUACGCAGUGAGAACAAUUGCUACAUGUGGGUACAAUCAGAUGUUUAUUUGAGAGCUGAGAAUGGAAAUCCAGUUUUGUGGCAUGAAAAAUUGAGACACUUGAAUGCAAGAAGUUUAUCCAAGAUGGCUAGUCAAGAAAUUGUCGAAUAUGUUCCUAAGAUGAAGCAUGGAGAGAAGACUGUCUCUGAAACUUGCAGUAAGGGAAAACAAAUCAGAAGUGACCAUGGCGUGAGUAUGAUUCCGAAAUUUUUUGAUCAAAAUGGAGUGUCAAAGACCAAACCCUGCAAGAUCAUCUCUAUCACAGAAGGGAAAGAGGAUGAUCACGAAAGCUUAGAAGAAAAGUCUAAAGAGAUUGUUCCAUUCUGGGUAUGCAAGAAUCAUUCUCCACAACAUGUGAAAGGAAGGCUUGGUGAAAGAAAGAAAACAAGUGGAAAUCCGUUAAACCUCAAGGAGAUGGUGAUGUUUUCACGUUUUGUCUCUGCUGUGGAAUCGAAAUCAUUCAGAGACUUCUUGGAAAACUGUUUCUGGAUAUUUUCUGUGCAAGAGGAAUUUGAGGAUGAUAAUAGUGUGUCUCAACGCACUUUUGCAAAGAAUCUGGUGCAACAGUUUAUGAUGUGUUCCAACAAGUCAUCAAAAACCCAUAUGAGCGCCACUAUGAAGCAAAAUUGUGUUUUCAUCUCCAUCAGCGAUGCAAGCUUCAUUGAAUUGGGAAGCUUUUGGAUUCAACUGUUAUGGAGGAGACAAAUGGGCUCUAAGUAUGGUAUGACUUCUGAUCUUUUACUUGCUAAAUGUGAUAAUCAAGAUGCCAUUGAUAUCUCUGGAACUUUUGUGCAUCACUCUAGAACUAAAAGCAUUGAUACUCGUCAUCUCCUCAUAAAGAAUUAG